AACUAAUGAAAAGGGCUUCAAUAUUUUGAAUUUUAACCAAAAACCAGGUAAUAGUUUUAUUUAAUGGUUAGGACAAAACCUAAUGUCAAACCAGCCCAUUAAGAUUGGCCCAAACAAAAUAAUUUAUCGAACUACCGGUUUUACCCCCUAACAUCAGUCUUGCUCUAACGUUAGGUUUGACGAAUGUCGUUGCUAAGCUCUGCGCGACUGCGCCCAUUGAGGUUGUUUCCAUACUAUGCCCAUUCAAAAGAAGUAUGUAAUGGAUAUACAUCUGAUCCUCCAUUUCAAAUUUCUCCAAGUACUCCCGUACAAAUUGAUCCAAUUGCUAUCUAUUUUCACACUCGACAACCUAAUUCUCGUCCACCCCCUCUCUCCCUCUCUCUCCGCUCACCUUCUUCCCUCUCUAAAAUCCCCAAUUCCAAGUUCGAUUCCGAUCGAAGCCUCAUCAAUCAACAAAAAGUGGAGUGUUUCACGAAUAAAAAUGGGGAAGCUGAGUUAUAUCAAGUAUCACAACCCAACGGCGGUGGUGAUUGUGGCAAGCAUGGUGAUCAAGACAAGGGUAGAUACAGUUGGAUUUUCCCCUCAGGUUGUGUCUUGUUAAGUCAUUGGUUCAAGGGGAAGUUAUAAAUGUUGUUGCCUGUAUGGGAAAGCGAUUUGGGAACAGGCACCUCCACCAAGUGGUUGUCUAUGGGACCUACUUUUGACCCUCAUCACAAGUUAACAGGUAAAUUCAAGGCCCCCGAUUCACUGGAACCAUGUGGAGCUCUCAUUUCUGCCUAUGACAACCGUUAUUACCUUGCACAGCCAAGGGUCCAUGGGGAGCUGUCGAUCCCCUUUCAGUGUUAUCAUCUCGGUUCUGACACUUGGAAAGAUCUGCCAAGAAUUCCCCCCGAUCUUCGUCAUAAUCUACAUGACACUAUAGCUGGUUAUGUAGUCUGCAGCGGUCAUAUUUUGGUUUCGAUUAGCAACAGAUUAUUUGCCUAUCAUGU